UGACGCCGCGCGCAUGCGCACUGCGGCCGUGCACCGCCCUCCCGGCCGGCAGGCCCGUCCGCCGCCGCAUCCCGUGACAGCCCGUGACUUCUCGUGACCUCGCCGUGACCCUCAGCCGUGUCGGCGGCGUCGGCUGGCCGCCGGGCACGGGCCCCGCCGGUGACGUUGGCGCCGCCUCUGCGGCCGUCGUCGACGUACGUCUAUUGGUAUGCAGGGCAACCGGCGGCCAAUAGUACGGGCAGCGUAGCGGGGCGGCCGGCGCGGCGGUCGCGCGGCCCGGGCGUUGCAGCGCGCCUGCAGUACAGACUACAGAGCCGCCCUGCCGGCCGGCCGCGCCGCCCGCGCCGCUCAGCGCCCUCCGACGCCGACGAUCGAGCCGGCGGCCGCUCGGCCCGUGCUAUCUGGCGCGCUGCACCUGUGUCAAUAGAGUGCCGCCGGCGGUGAGUGCGCGUGCCGGGUGUCCGUCGUCGACGAUCGCUUCCGACAGCCGACGGAGACAGCGGAGCACCACCAACGACAGGUAGGAUGCGGUUCGGGCCCGGCUGAAGUCGGCCAUGUCCUGCCGGGACCACGCCAGUGACGAGGACGUCGUCGACCAGCCGGCCCCGUCUCCACCGGCCGUCACAGAGCCGCCGCCGAGCCAACCAGCGGCCCCCUCCGCUAACGGAGCGGCAGCCUCCAGCUCUGCCGGCCCUCCGGAGCCAGAGGCGGACUCCACCAAGACACGGCGCAGCUCGAGCUCCAGCGGGGACGCUGAGCCAGCGCCGGCGCCGCGCCGCUCCAAACGUCUGCGUCGCUCCAGUUCUGCGGGCGGCGAGGUGGCGGACGACGCGGGCGGCGGGCCGCGGGCGCCCUCGAUGCUGGUGCGCCGUCGCCUGUUCGGGCCUGUCGAGCCGGGCUCGGCGGAGCGCGCCCGACACCAGCACGAGCAGGAGACGAUGCGUGCCCAGACGGAGCGCUGGAACUUUAACUUUGAGGAGGAGCGGCCGCAGCCGGGUCGGUGGCAGUGGGAGAGGGCCGCGCCGCUGCGACCGGUGACGCGCGCCCGGCGGCCCGAGUCGCCUGCGUCCGGGCCUGCCGCCGACCAGCCCUAGAGGUCGGACGCGCGUCUCCAGUGCAAAUUUUACACUUGCCAGUCCUACUGACUGUGAUAGGGGUGCAGGUGGCGGCGGCUGCGCGGAGGAACUGGAGAGGAGAAACGCGGAGGAGACGGAUCCGGAGGAGGUGGAAUCUAUCAGAACUAUUUUCGCCGGUCGGAGCGGCGCGUGAUGCUCGACGGCCGCGCUGCACUGGGGAUGUACCUGUACCUGUUGUGCUGCUGCUGGCGCGGGGUGGCUCACGCCGCCAGGCAGAGUGCGGUCAUAUGGAACCGGGAUAGCGAGUCCGAACACUAUAGGGAGGCCUCCCAGCGCACGCCGACAUCCACGAGAAUCUGGCCGUCUUGUCGGCAUCGGCAGGCUCGGAGCCAUCGAAUGCACGCGGAGCAGCUCUGCGGGGUCUAGCUGCCGAGCUAGAGCUGCGGAGCUAAAGCUACGGAGCUAAAGCUGCGGAGCUAACGAUUCGGAGCUGAAGAUUCGGAGCUAAGCCGAGCCACGAGAGGUGGGACCUUACGACCAUGAGGAACCGGGAGCCUUCAUCGGGUGCGUUAGAAGAACGCACCGAUAGUGGAGACGCUACUUUCAUUCAUGUGAUAAAUGUUACAAAUUUUAUUAUACCAUAGUUAUUGGAAGUUUUCCGUUGUUGGAUCUCUAUUGUCGCAGUCGUUUUUGAUCAUGAAUGACUGAGAAUGGGGCGUGUAUGCAUAUAGUUACAGGUCCUUUCGUAUGAGCGGCCUGUUAGAAUUUCACCGUAGUUUGGGGCUGGCGAAGUGCGUUUCCUUCGUGUGCGUUUGCCCGCGUGCUGUGUAGUGUUAUGGUGAUGGAGCAUUGUCUUAGUGAGCACUUCAUGUCCAUCAUAUAAGUAUCCAUGGCCGAUGCACUGCAUUCCUGACGUAGGUUAUAGCCUGAUGUGAGAAUGUCUUCCAAUCAGCGAUUUGGGUUGAUAAAUCUAGAUGUUUUGAAUUUUCCAGUGCCGUUCGCCAUAAAUGUCUUUGGUCCGGUGAUGUUUUGGAAGCUGAUAGAGUGGGUACCGAACGACGUAACGAAUGAGCUUGACACAACAUCCGUGUUGCAAAGAGUAGCAUGAAUUAUUAUUUAGACGUGAAGCUGCAUUUUCGCAAAUAGCUAAAAAUAUUUUGCGUUACUACCAUGUGAGGGGAAUGACUCGAAAGAUAAUCCUGUUACCGUCCCGUGUAAGCCUGCCCUGUCUGUCUGUCUGUUUGUCUGUCUGUCUGUUUGUCUGUCUGUCUGUCUGUUCGUCUGUCUGUUUGUCUGCCCAUUCCGUUCUGUUCUGAUUCGACUGUAGCAGGAAACAAGAGGGCGUGCAAUGCCUCCUCAUCUGUCGCGGGGGACCACAUUAUCGUGUUCGGCGUCUCGGCGCGGUGUGUCUGUGUGUUUGUGUUGUUGUUGGGGUUGCCGUAGCCUUGGUGUCGCGAUUAUUUGUCACAUGCAACCUACAGAUCUCAGCUGAGGGCCACGCUGUGCUUCUGUCCCGUGUCUGUGUCGGAGCUCGCCGGUCUCUGGGUGGGUGCUGGUCGGUUAUCGCUCUGCGGAAUUCUCUAAGCGGCAAUACAUUUCGGCCUGGA